CAGCGUAUGUGUGCUGUUGCCAUGGUUUCAAAAUCACUGAGCGCUCACCUGAGUUCACCUCAGUGGUCAAUUGCGUUUGGGAAUGAAACUUACAAACUUUUAGUUACGUGUUGAUUUUAAAUUCAUGCAGUGACAAUGAACAAAGGAGGCAAGAGAUAUUUUAAUAAGAACAAGAGCGGGAACUGGUUUGUUCACACUGGUAUGUCGCAGACUGGACACACACGUGACCUGUGUACCAGCACAGGUUCAAUGCUGGCACAUGGUGUUCCUCAACCCCUGACACAAACAGAAGACAGAUAUCCCAGAUUAUUUAUCAAUCCUGAAAAGAAAACAAUAGGUAGAGAAUAUCCACUGUCAGCACAUGAUAACCGCACAGCACUGCAGGACACUAUUGACGUGUAUGAUCAGGGUUUAGGCCGUAAGAAAUGUCUUGAUGAGCAUCGCCAGCACAACUCUCAUUACUGCCUGUGCCAACAUUAUGACACCUUGAGUCCAGUUAGCGCAGCACAGUGGAACAACUCAGCAUAUCGGACUGACUUCCUGCCCAAACAGGAAACAGAGGGCAGAAAGGACACAAUCAGAAGGCGCUUUCCCAGGGAUCACUCAGUGAGGUCUCAAAUAAACGCUACGGCUCAGGCCGAGGAGUGUUUCAUGUGGUUUGGAAGGGACGACUCUAACCAGUACACUCCACUAAGUGUACUAGCAUCCACCAACCACUCCUUAACUCCCUAAAUAAGACAAUCAGAGAUGAUCAGACUGUUUAUGACACUAAACAUAAUGCUCUGUGGGAAUUUCCGAGAGGUUGCUCACUGCAAAGCCAUGGGUGGGGCGUGAAGUCCAACUCCCCCUCUCUAGAUGUAAUUUGGGCAUAAUGGGUGGAGCUAGACCCAUAACUUUAUCCCUCCACCCAUUAUAUCCACAGAGGUAGAGCUGGACUAGCUGUACGUCAUUCGUCUCUGCAGUGAGCACCACUUGGAAUUUCCUAGCAGGUGUGAAUUAUCUGAUUUAACCAGCAGAGGUCAGUCUCUUUUUUGUCUGUCUGUGCCACUCAACUUUAUAUUUGCAGUCACAAUUUUUUUAAACGUUUCAUUCUGUAAGAUGAGUAUCAGUGUUGAAUGCAGUAUACCAUAUAAUAAUAAAAAAAGAAACAUUUUCAGCUGAGUCUUAUAAAAAAGAAAAAUGUAUUAAAAUGUAUUAAAGUCAUUAUGAAAUCAAAA